AUGCAGACCCAGAUCUUCGCUCUUGUCAUUGUCGUUACCCUCGCCCUCGCCGCGACCGCAGACGAGCUUACCUUUUGCAACUACGCCGAGUCGGGCGGCUCGAUGAGCCUCACCAACUCAGCGGUUACGUCGGAGACGACCGGCAACGUGGCGUCGCAGCAGUGCGCGACGCUGACGUACACGCCGCCUACUGCGGUGCUCAACCUGCAGCUCAAGUCGUCCGAUGGAACCGAGGUUGCGACCAAGGCGUACACGGUGCCUACCGAGCGGUCGGAUCGCCGCGUCUUUGCUGUCCGCUCGUCGUCGAGCCUCACGGCCUCGUUUGCGCUCGAGACGCUCGCCGAGACCUCGACGUCGGCGUCGGAGACGUCGAUCGUGGUCAUGAACGCUGGCCUCGGCCUCACCGGCUCGCUCACCCUUGAGGUCGGCUCGUCGUCGGUCUCGGCAUACCUGGGUGUGCAGACGACGACUGUCUCGUCCUCGGGCGAUGUGGCGGUCUCGGCCAAGUCGACGACCGGCGCCGUCCUCGCCUCCACCACCAUCUCAUCGGCGACCAUCGAGGCGAACCGUGGCAAGACCCUUGUCUCGGUCCUCGUCGGCUCCGAGUCGUCGGCCGGCUCGACCUCGGGCUCGACCUCAGGCUCGGGCUCGGGCUCGGGUUCGACGUCAAGCACCACGUCGCGCGCGAUCUCGACCCGCUCCAACUCGUACCAGUUCAAGACGACCGACAGCUCCGGCAACGAGGUCUCGUCGUCGUCGGCCGCCAUGCUCUCGGCGCCCAACGCGGCGCUCAUGGCGCUCGCCGGCCUCCUUUCCAUCAUGUUCGCCUGGGCGUAG